AUGCCCUCAAUCCAGCCCCUUCCAGUCGGUGUUGGCUAUGGUGUCGUUGUUGGAAUUGGGUUCUUCUUCGCUGCUGUUAUGUGUGGUAUCUCGUACAUUCAGAAUCGAUAUACCAGGUUCUCAACGAAAACGAGCGAGGAGUUCAAUACUGCCAGUAGAAGUGUGAAGCCAGGUUUGAUUGCAAGCGGUAUCGUGUCCGCAUGGACCUGGGCUGCAACUUUGCUUCAGAGUUCAACGGUGGCAUAUGAAUAUGGUGUGGCCGGGCCUUUUUGGUAUGCGGCGGGUGCGACUGUACAGAUUCUCAUGUUCUCGAUAUUGGCUUGCAAAGUCAAGCAGAACGCUCCGAGAUGCCAUACAUACCUGGAAAUCAUCUACACCCGUUAUGGCGUCCUAACGCAUUGGGUCUUCAUCUUCUUCGCGCUUCUGACAAACGUUCUAGUCAGCAGCCAGCUUCUCUUGGGCGGCAGUGCAGUUGUCACGUCUCUGACCGGCAUGAACGUCUAUGCUGCCAUCUUUCUUAUACCGCUUGGGGUCUGUGUCUAUGUAGUGUUGGGCGGUUUACGUGCAACGUUCCUUUGUGACUACUCUCACACGCUCAUCUUAAUGGUCAUCAUCCUCUACUUCAUGUUUUCCGCGUACGCAACGAAUUCUCAAAUUGGAUCUCCAUCUGCCAUGUAUCAGCUUCUCAAACAGGCAGCUCUGAAACGCCCAGUGUCAGGCAAUCAAGAUGGCUCUUAUGUGACGAUGAAGAGCAACUUCGCUCUCAUCUUUGGCGUGAUCCAACUCUGCUCUGGGAGCGGUACCGUUUUUUUGGAUCAAGCUUACUGGCAGCGGGCUAUUGCAAGCCGACCUACUACUGCUGUCCGGGCAUACAUUCUUGGAGGUCUAGCUUGGUAUGCGAUCCCAUUCGGCUUUGCCACUACUUUAGGGCUUGCAGCGGUAGCUCUCACAGAUUCACCCACCUUCCCAACGUAUCCAAACAGCAUGACCCAAGCACAGGUCUCUGCCGGCUUGUCGGCACCCUUUGCAGCUACGGCCUUGCUGGGAACAGGUGGCGCUGUGGCCUUGCUGAUCGUUCUCUUCAUGGCCGUGACUAGCUGUGCUUCAGCAGAGCUCAUCGCAGUGUCUUCGAUCUUGACCUUCGAUAUCUUCAAGACUUAUAUCAAGCCAGCUGCCACACCAGAGCAGCUCAUCACCGUCGCACACAUCAUGAUUGGCGUCUGGGGUUUGGUGAUGGCUAUCGUCGCCUGCAUCUGGAAUGUCAUCGGCAUCGACCUAGGCUGGUUGUUCCUAGUUAUGGGCCUCCUAAUUGGUGGUGCCGUCUUUCCAGCAGCCUUCGCAAUCACCUGGAAAGGCCAAACGAAGGCAGGGGCUCUAUCAGGAGCUGUGUCCGGGCUUUGUGCUGGGCUUAUUGCAUGGCUUGUCACCGCGCAUCAGUACUAUGGGAGCUUGAGCGUAUCUACCACUGGAAUGGAGUAUCCAACUUUGGCCGGGAAUCUCGCCGCCAUCAUGGUCGGUCUCAUCGUCACAGUGGCUGUCUCGCUGGCUAAGCCAGAACCUUUUGACUGGGAUACCACACGCUUGAUCAACGCACCGCCACCCCUCAUCACAACCCCCAGUUCCGGCUCGAUCGACAAAGAAGAGAACGAAAAGGACGACCCGAACCAAAACAGCAACCUCCCCACCGUUCGAGACGAGGAGCGAGAGAUGCGCGAAGACGAACUAGCAGUCGAAGAACCCAGAAAGCUUCGACGAGCCUUCAAAGUCGCAUGCAUCGCGUCCUUCCUGCUCACCCUCUCCAUGGAUUUCCUGAUCCCGAUACCCAUGUUCCUCUCCCACUACAUCUUCUCGCAAGGUUUCUUCAUCGCUUGGGUGGUCAUCACCUUCUGCUGGGUCUUCUGCUCGACGGCCAUCUCCGUGAUCCUGCCGCUCUGGGAAACUGCGGGCUUUUUCCGGGAUCUAUACCGAGAGGUCGUGAGAGGGUGA